AUAUCCCCAUUCCCCACAACGGCCCAAAAGCCAAAGGGGUGUGACUGAGAAAGUGAGAGAGAGAGUGAGAGGAGAGAGAGUAGGGUUUGCUCUCUUCUUUUCUUCAUCUAGGUCUGCGUGUUGUUCUUUCUUUAGGGUUUUUUCGAUCCGAAAAAAUGGCAGAGGGUAAGAUGAAGGGAACGGUGAAGUGGUUCAACGAGCAGAAGGGAUUCGGCUUCAUCACCCCCGACGACGGCGGCGACGAUCUCUUCGUCCACCAGUCCUCGAUCCAGUCCGAGGGCUUCCGCAGCCUCGGCGAGGGCGAAUCCGUCGAGUUCGUCGUCGAACAGGACCACGGCGGCCGCACCAAGGCCGUCGACGUCACCGGCCCCGACGGUGCUCCCGUUCAGGGCAGCUCCCGCGGCGGCGGGGGAGGCGGCGGACGUGGCGGAGGCGGCGGGUACGGGUUCAGCAGCGGCGGGGGAGGUGGACGGUCAGGUGGUGGCCGCGGCGGCGGAGGAUAUGGCGGCGGAGGCUACGGAAGCGGCGGCGGCGGGUACGGUGGCGGCGGUGGUGGGUACGGCGGCGGCGGUGGUGGGUACGGCGGCGGUGGUGGAGGUAAUGGUUGUUUCAAGUGUGGGGAAGAAGGGCAUAUGGCUAGGGACUGCUACCAGAGCGGCGGCGGCGGAGGUGGUGGUGGUGGAAGGUAUGGCGGUGGUGGAGGCCGUGGAGGGGGCGGUGGUGGAGGUCGUGGAGGCGGCGGCGGUUGUUUCAGCUGCGGGGAGGAAGGGCAUUUCUCUCGUGAAUGCCCCAACGCUUCUCGUUGAAAAAAUGGGUGAGAAAGAAAAGGGGGUAAAUGUGGAUCUUCCCGAUUUGCUUACCUUUUCUGUUUAGUUAUUCUUAUUGUCUCUUUUAGUUUUAAUGAAAUGGGUGAACCAUAUGAUGUUUUUGUUUUCGUGGGGAUCAUGGGUGUUAAGUGGUCACCUUUCUGUUGCUGUUUUUAAUUUGAUCUGUUUCUUUGGUAGGGUUUUAUGAGAUCUGGUGAUGAUUAUCUGGUUUUCUUGUCUUUAGAUCUAGGUUUUGGCUAUGGUAUGGAGGGUAUCUGUCUCCACAGUCUCUUCAUACGUAUAGAUAUACACAUGUAUUUCUAUACAUGUCGUUUUGCUAUGAAAGAAUUAUGGUUUACUUUUAAUGAAUGAUCUUUCUUUAUUCA